CUUCCCCUGCCCAUUAGCCCGUAAGUUUGAGAACGAUACAUAUCAGUGUGGCAUAAUGCUUGACACAUUCCUACUUACGAUCUACAUGUUAAAGAGAACCGCUCGGAUAUACUAUAUACAAUAUAUAUAUAUAUGUUAUAUGGUCAGAAGACUUACUGCAACGAAACAUAUCAUUGAAGUUACUGCUGCAAGCCUAUGAAUAUUAUAAAGGACUUUAUUGUUAGAGCUCGUUAUUUUUGGGAGAUCGGCAUAGAAAUAGUGGAUAAUAAUGGAAUCCAUGAGAUUAUCUGAUUGGUGUUCUGCGUCUGAUUGUAAAAAGAUUGUUAGUAUUACAGUGUUGGCGAACGGAAGAAUGCAAUUUACAUAUCUAUAUAUAUUUCUGUAUAUGAACGUAUGUGUAUAAUAAAGUUUAUUGUUUUAAUGUGUUUGAACCUGAAAAACCAAAGAUCAUUUAAUUAUUGAAGAGAACUACUAAACAUGCCUAAAAUCGAAAUAUAUUAAAAAUACUUCAAUUAUAUAUUAUAUAUUUUAAGUUCAAAAAUUAUUCAAGGCAAUCCCAAAAAUCUAGAGUAGAAUAGCAGAUCGCACCGGCCUGGCUAAAUAAUUCCUGGUAGAGUAGUCAACUCUCGACCUCUGACAAUCUCGCUCAGUAGAAUUUCGGCUUGGCCUUUCAUCACCUUGGUGGCAGUGGGAGAACUUGGAGUUGGUCAUUGUCUUGGGCUAGGGGGACCGACAACAUCAUAAUGGCCGACGGACAACAUCCGCCGAAAAAUGACCCCAAAAAGGAUGACUCCCGUGAGCGGAACGCGGCCACCCACUUCGGCUUGGAGGACCACGAAGCCAACCAGCAGGAUGCCCGGGUGAACACACUGCGGCACGCCGAGGAGCGACGUGGCUCCAUGGUGCCCGCCGAUAAGCGUGCCACCACGAAAGCCUCGUCCAUGCGGUUGCAGACCGCGAAUGACCAGUGGGGCAGUGGUCGCAUUGGGGAGCACACGCCCCCAUCUGCCACACCUGCUCCCGAUGCCAGGCCACCGGAAAACAUAUCGUCGCGUAACUCCUUAAGCCCUGCUGCCGCAGUGGCUCCGGAUCUGCCUCCCAAGCCGCAGCGCAACUCGGAAGUCGAUGCCGAUGUCGAGUCCUCCGAAGUGGAGAGAGUACCGGAGAAAAGGAAAUCGGAGAAGUCAAAUGUUGUAUUAACGGAUAGUUCAAGUUCAUCGGAUGCCACAGUGAACCAGCCUCCUGCUGCGGAACCGCCACCGACACCACGCUCUGAACCGCCACCUCCACCACCUCCUGAACCCCAGCGGAGGUCCAUUGAUUUUGCGCGCAGAGAAGCGGAUUCAAUCGCUCCGCCAGCUCAAAGACCGGAGGACUUGCCAAUGCCACCGCCCAUGAUGUCGUCCUUGCAGCCAGACAGCAGCAAGGACGAUGUGCAGAGCUCGUUGAGCAAGUUGACCAACACGGACGUGACCUUUAACCCGGCCAAGGAUUUUGCCUCCAAGGGCACCAACACUUCUGGCAUGAUCUUAUCUGAUAGUGAAACGGAGAUCGAGACCGAGCCACCUCCCAAACUGCCGGCCGAGUUUCCCUCCACCGAUCUGGAAAAUCUGUUCCAGUUGGCCUGCUGGGAGGUGAGACAGGCUGGUGCCAUCGCCCUGGCGGAGAACAAAAAGAAGCAGGAGUUCACACCCAAGAAGAACGCCCAAGAUCUGAGUACCCCCGCCGAUAACAUUGUGGAGGAGACCUUCAUCAAGGCCAUCAGUUCACGGUUCCCCGAUCACCAAUUUAUAUCGGAGGAGCGAACUUCGAAGACGGAGACCGGAAUGGUGACCCUGACCGAUGAUCCCACCUGGGUAAUCGAUCCCAUCGGCGGCACCAUGAACUACGUUCAUCACUUCCCGUACUACUGCAUCUCCGUGGCCUAUUUGGUGAACCAGGAGACGCAGUUUGGUAUUAUUUAUAAUCCGCCCAUGAAGAACAUGUACACGGCCCAACGGGGAAAGGGGGCGGAGAUGAACGGUGCGAUGAUACGGACGACUGGCCAGGUCAAUCUCUCCUCGGCCAUGGUCCUCCAGGAGUUCAGCUCGGACAGCAAUGAGGCGCGCAACCUGGUGGCCGCAGACAAUGCCCAGCGUCUGAUGAAGAAGACACAUGCGAUGCGUUCCAUUGGAUCUUCUGCCAUGGGUUUGGUAAUGGUGGCUUCUGGAGUGGCGGAUGCGUACUUCAACUUCGGGUUGCAUGUUUGGGACAUGGCCGCGGGAGUUCUUAUAGUCACCGAGGCUGGCGGAGUGGCAAUGGAUCCGGCUGGAGACGAACUGGACAUAAUGUCCCGACGCUGCCUGGCUGCGUCCACCGAGCACCUGGCUCUGGAGCUGGGCAACCUCAUAGAGCAGAACUAUCCAUCGCCUCGCGACGAUGAGCCCCGAUCCGUGAAUCCCAACGAAUACGGCCCAGCUCCGGAAACCAGGGACUUUUCCGGGCAAACUGAUUUUCCGGAUUCCGACACUCCGGAUACAACAGACACGGAAGUUCCAAACGCGGCUCCCGACGAACGCUAACUGACCACCAGGAAGACCAGCCGAUAUUAAAUUUUAGUUGUUUAAUAAAUUGACAAUGCAAAAGGCGAAAAUGAAAAGUUA